CUUUUGGACGUAUUGUAGAAGGUCCUUUACCACUGAAUUGAAGUCGACUUCCUGUCCUGGUAGGCCUUUUUCUCACGCGUGCGCAUUAUACAUCUGAUUUGUUUAUGUUGACAACAUGUAAAAUAUGUUUUGGUGUUUAUGUUUCUUGUAUUGUUUAUUUCUGUAAAAAACUUAUUUAAAAUUUACUUAAAUAUAUCAUUUUAACAUUAUAAUGGUACGUAAAUGUAUUUAUUGCGGAGAGCCACAAGUAGCAGAUGUUGAUCGUUCCUUUCACAAGUUUCCAUGGAAUGAUGAGAAACUGCUAGAAAAAUGGAUUGAAAAUAUUAAAUUAGGGCCGAACUUCAAGCCCAGUAAAUUAGCUCGAUUAUGCUCAGAUCAUUUUGAGGAAGAAUGCCUUUCAAAAGAAAUCAAAGGAACUCUAUUAUCAGGAAGUAUCCCUACAAAAUUUAAAACUUAUAAAUCCAGCUGCAUUUAUUGUCAUGAAGUAAAAGGAGUUAAUAAAAAAAGGUCCUAUCGUAAAUUUCCUUUUGAAAAUCCUAUACUAUUACAAAAAUGGUUAUCUGCAAUGAAUCUGAAAGAUGUGAAAGUAACAAAAAGAAGUCUUUUGUGCAGUGAUCAUUUUGAAAACACUUGCUUCAGAAAAACAGGAAAGCAUUUAAUUCUAAAAUCUGAUGCUGUUCCAUCUUUAUUUGCAAGGAGUAAUGAUGUUGAAACACAUAAUGCUCAGAAAAGUUUUAAUACGAUAUUAAAUAAUAAUAAUAUAUGCAACAAAAGAAAAAAUUUACCGAAUGGCUUACGAAUUCCAAAAUUAUUAAAAUUAACAGAUUUUGAGAAUAACAACAUUAUGGAAAACGUAUUACUUUCAUUCGAAAAAGAUAAAUCUCUAGAUUCUGACAGCCCAUUACUACCAACAUGUUCUAGUGGAUCAACAGAAGGUUCUAAUAGCACAUUACCACCAACGAACUCUGGUACAUCAACACAAACUAGUUUUGCAAUUGCAAAUAAUUUUGAAACACCUAAUGCAAAUCAAUGUCAUCAAAUUUAUAAAGAACAUAAUUAUGACAGUUCGCCGAGGUCAUUAAAAAGAAAAUUAGAGAAAAACCGAAGUAUUAUUUCUACUUUAAGAAAUGUAUCCCGUAUUCAAAAGCAGAAAAUUACACGUUUAAAGAAACGUGUAUCAUCUUUAACACAAUUGGUACAUAAAAUUCGAAAAGGAAAAUUAGUUCCACAAUUUGAUCUAAAAUGUUUGGAUACGAUUGCUGAAGAUGACGUGAAAGAAUCUGUUACAACAACACUUAAAGGAAGAGAAACUUGCGUCCACUGAUAUUGCUGUAGCAGAAAAUCAUAUACAUUUAUACAGCUAUCCAAAGAAUUAUACUAGGUUUUUAAAAGUAUGGUAUAAAUUUAAAUUUUGAUAUGUAU